AUCUUCUCCGUUCUCUUCACUUUUGAUUUAAAGGACUUUUUUUCUGGGUUUCUUUGAUGUAAUUUGCGCCUGUUAAUCUGUGUGCUGUUUAUUGCAUUUGAUUCUAUUUUGAGGUCUGGGUUAUCCUGCUUUUGAAGAUUUGUUGCCUUGAAGAAACUAUUUUUGGGUAUAUGGGUAUUAUUCUAUUAGUUUCAUGCCUAUUGGAUUCUUGGGAUUCUUCAGUUCCAUAGAUUUGUGUCUUAUGGAUGAGAGGAUAUUGGAACAUGUUAUUUCUGCGAUCGAUUCGCAGGUUUUGUUCACGUACAGCUUUCUCAAAUCAAUCUCCAAAGGCUAUUCCUUUACAAGAAACUGUUCUUUCGAAGCUUAAAACCGAGAGAGACCCCGAUAAGUUAUUCGAUUUAUUCAAGGCGAAUGCCCACAAUAGACUUGUUAUUGAAAACAGGGUUGCUUUCGAAGAUACGGUUUCUAGAUUAGCCGGGGCUGGCCGCUUCGAUCACAUCGAGCAUUUACUCGAGCACCAGAAAACCCUUCCGCAGGGUAGGCGAGAAGGCUUCGUGAUGAGGAUUAUAAUGUUGUAUGGUAAAGCUGGAAUGGUAAAGCCUGCUAUCAAUACUUUCCAUGAUAUGCAUUUGUAUGGAUGUAAGAGAACUGUUAAAUCUUUCAAUGCCGCUCUUAAGGUUUUGAUUCAAACUCGUGAUUUGGGAGCUAUAGAGGCGUUUCUCGGUGAUAUUCCGUCGAAAUUCCUUGUCGAACUGGAUACAUAUACGGCUAAUAUAGUUAUCAAGGCGUUUUGUGAAAUGGAUUUUCUUGAUAGGGCAUAUUUGUUCAUGGUUGAAAUGGAAAAGUUGGGGAUAAAACCAGAUGUUAUUACGUACACGACACUUAUAUCAGCAUCCUAUCAAAAGAACCGGUGUAAGAUCGGCAACGCGUUGUGGAAUCUUAUGGUGUAUAAGGGGUGCAGACCUAAUCUUACAACUUUUAAUGUUAGGGUCCAGUACUUGAUUAAUAGGAGACUAGCAUGGCAAGCUAAUGAUGCGAUGCGUUUGAUGCAGAAAAUCGGGAUAGAGCCUGAUGAGGUUACUUACAAUUUGGUAAUCAAAGGCUUUUGCCAGGCCGGUUAUCUUGAAAUGGCUAAAAGGGUAUAUUCGUCUCUAGAAUGUCGUAGUAAGCAUAGGCCGAAUGUUAAGAUUUACCAGACGAUGAUCCAUUAUUUGUGCAAAGGAGGGGAGUACAAUUUGGCCUAUACAAGGUGUAUAGAUUGCAUGAGAAAGAGUUGGUUCCCGAACGUGGAUACGAUUCAUUCACUUCUUCAAGGCCUUAUGAGAAACGGGCAACUGUGCAAGGCUAAGAUGAUAAUGAAAUUGGUUAGGAGUCGGAAACCGCCGUUUUCCUCGACUCAAUUAGAUUCGUUGCUGUCAAUUUUUCAAAGAAGUGAUCGAUUGAAACCCAACCAGUUUGAUUAAUGUUAAACACAGCCUAAAAGAAGCUGAUCAUUCUUUCACUUGAUGCAGUUGUAGUUUUACAAAACUAAUUGGAGGUUACGGUUCAGAAUAACAUCAAAGCAACAGCAGAUCCCAUUUUUUAUUGAAUUAAUUUGGUGUUCCACCUCAGCUAGUCUGAUAUUAACGAGAAUUCGAAUGGAGAGCACAAUUCAAAUUCUUGUAAGUCAUCAUGAAACUAUGAUCUAUCCUGAUUUUUGUCGUUCAUUCGACAUGAAGCACCUUUGUUUUGCGACUUAUUUUCCAUGUUUUGCUAUUGCAAUUCCAUUUUUCUCUCAGUGAAGCAUGCAUUCCAAUAGGCAUGAAUUCUUUAAUCUUCAUGCAUGCUUCAGAUUUAUGCCGGUAUUAGGUUUCCAAGCCGUAAUGAAGAAUAGAAUGGCCGUGUUUUUCGUCGUUUUGGGUUAAUCAGCACUUAUACUUGCUUAACAUAUCAGUAUCACUCCACUAAAGAACAAUUCAAGAUUUAGUAACUAACAUUCAACUAUGUUUCUCUUUGAAGUUUAUUGUGAUACCAGUAGACACCUCGAAGUUCAUUUUCAUACAAUCGGGAGGUGCACUGGAUGAUCAUUUGAAAUGAUUAGAAGAAUUCAAGGUCGGUUUCUUCCAUUGACCCUCCUCUGGAACUGGUUUAGGUCUGAAAUAAUGUCAUAUUUGUGUAGAGAUUUAGUGUUCUCAUUGGUUCAAGCUAUCUUUCCUUUUGCUUGUGAAGUGACAUUGCUAUGGUUCUUUUACCAAUGGGGAACAUAGUCGU